AUGAAUGGAACUAAAGAGACUCGUUACGACGUAAUUAUCGUCGGCGCUGGCAUCUCCGGCAUCAACGCCGCUUAUCGUCUUCAAGAACAAUGCCCUGGCUACAGCUAUGCUAUCCUCGAAGCUCGCAACGAUCUCGGUGGUACCUGGGAUCUCUUCAGGUACCCUGGAAUUCGCUCCGACUCCGACCUCUUCACCUUUGGCUUUCAGUUCAAUCCCUGGUCUCACGAUAAUCCCAUUGCUGCGGGCAGUGAUAUCAAGGAAUAUGUGCGCUCCACCGCGGCCAAAUUUGGCAUCGACAAGAACAUCCUUUUCAACCAUCGCCUGUCGUCUAGCGACUGGUCCUCCGAGGAGAAUGUCUGGUCGCUGAAUGUCACCACCGACGGGAACGAGCAGACCUUCACCGCCCGUUACAUAAUUUUCGGCACGGGCUAUUACAAUUACAAGGAGCCCCUGAAGGCCGAGAUCCCCGGUCUUGACAACUUCCAGGGUCAGAUCGUGCACCCGCAGUUCUGGCCGGAAGAUCUCCAGUAUAAGGACAAGAAGGUCGUGAUCAUCGGUUCCGGCGCCACCGCCAUCACUCUCCUCCCGAAUCUGGCCCAACAUGCCGCCCGUGUGACGAUGCUCCAGCGGAGCCCGACUUACAUCCUCUCUCUCCCCAACCGCACAAGCAGUCGCUGGCUGUCAUACAUCCUGCCCAACAAGUUGUAUACCAGGGUGCAGCGCCUGAUCUGGAUUUACACCUCGCGCAUCUUCUUCCUGUUCUGCCAGCGCUUCCCGAACUUCUCCCGCUGGAUCCUCCAGUUGGGGGUGCGCAAGCAGCUGCCCAAGCAUAUCCCUCACGACCCGCAUUUCAAGCCCAGGUACAACCCCUGGGACCAGCGAUUGUGUGUCUGCCCGGAUGGGGAUCUAUUCCGCAGCCUCAGGCAAGGGAAGGCCGAUGUCAAGACCGAUACUAUUCGCCAGGUCACGAAGAAUGGCAUUAUCUUGAACUCGGGUGAACAGCUGGACGCGGAUAUCAUUAUUACUGCUACGGGACUACGCUUGCAAAUCGCCGGUGGCUCGGUGCUGUCGGUCGAUGGGAACAAGAUCGAUGUCGGUGACAAGUAUCUGUGGAAUGGGGUCAUGCUGCAGGAUCUGCCUAAUGCUGCUUUCGUCAUUGGGUACACCAAUGCGUCGUGGACUCUGGGUGCGGAUGCCACGGCACAGUUUGUCUGCCGUUUGUUGAAGAAGCUGGAGUCGCGGAAGCUGAUCGCUGCUGUUCCUCGCUUGAAGGAGAAGGACGCGGCCACGAUUCAGGAGCGUCGACUGUUGAACCUCAACUCGACCUAUGUCUCUAUUGCCGAACGUGUGUUGCCCAAGGCUGCCGAUCGGGGUCCAUGGCAGCCACGUGAACACUACAUGAAGGACAUUAAGUUUGCUCUGGGUGGUGAUCAUGACACCGGGCUGGAAUUUGUACAAGGGCCCAGUCUACAACUGCGACCCAAGCUUGAAUGA